AUGACUAAUUUUUGUGAAUUUUUUCCUACGGAAUAUGAUCGUAGUUAUAGAAAAAAGAAAAUAGAACCAGCUAAAAUAAUAUAUCAUGAAGAUUAUUUCACGAAUCGUAUAGAAGAAGGAGAAAUCGAUCCUCGUAUAGCAUCGAUUCCUAAAGAAUUGGAUGAAACUGCUAAACAAUUGGUUUAUAAACAUAUUCUCAAUAAUUUGCAAUCUGUUUAUCAAAUCAACUAUAAAAAUCCUUGGAUUUCACGAGAUGAAAUAGGAAUUGAGGAAAAAGACUUGCAAAGUGAAUUAUUGGCAUAUAUUCAUGAUUUAUAUUUCAAACCUCAUACGGAAAAAGUCCUUGCACCUCCAGUAACAGCAAAAAGAAGUACAUUAGCUGCAGUUUGUUUUCAUUUGCAUUGGGUUAAAGGAAAAGAACGUUUAGAAAGAUGGCAUUCUCAAAUUACAUUAAGAAAUCUAAAUAUUGUUGGUUUUAUAAAUGCAGUGGCAGGAAUUACAGCACUAAUUUGGUAUCUCUUUCUUACAUUUUAUUAUAAAAUACCAAUUAAACCUAUUGAUGAAAGUACAGUAAUAUCAGCUGUUUGGUCUAUGAUUUGUGGAAAAUGGGGUAUUUUAUUAAUGUAUUAUACUCAUAAGUAUGAAUUAAUUAUUCGAGAAGGAUCUGUACCCAUAUUAAUAGAAAAUAAUGGUUAAAAAUUUUUUAUAUAAAUAAAUACAAAAACUUUUAUAA